AUGGCAGAUCGCGGUGACUUCACGGACAGCACAGACUGGCUUCAAACUCCACUCGCCGCCCUCGCGCCCCUCGACGCCUCACUGCGAUGUCAAGUAUGCAAGGACUACUUCACGACUCCGAUGAUGACCAGCUGUUCCCAUACCUUCUGCAGCCUCUGUAUACGACGGUGUCUCUCGCAGGAAGGGAGAUGCCCGGCGUGUCGAGAGGCCGAUCAGGAAAUCAAAUUGCGGAGAAACUGGGCUGUUGAAGAACUGGUCGCCCAUUUCACUGCCUCGCGCAAAGGCCUCCUUGCUUUUGCGACCGCAAGUCUGGCGAUAGGAAGAGCACAAGACGGUGUUGAACACGAGUCUCAGAGGCCGAAGAAGAGGCGGAAAGUAGCGCCAGAACCGGCCAGCAACGGAGUGGAAAGACGAAGUACACGAAGCCAGAGUAAGAGGAUCGCCUCGGAUGCCGCUAGUCAACAGAGCCUAGCGUCGACCCAGGAAGUCAUAGACGACAGUGAAGAAGAGGGCAGUGUCUACGAAGACUCAGAGAGCCACAGGAGCCCACACUUUAUGAAUGGUAACGGCAACCCAGAGCCACAAGAUGGCCUCGUCCAGUGUCCCUGUUGCCACCGGCGAAUGAAGGAAGCAGUUAUAAAUUUGCAUCUAGAUAAAUGCAUACAAGGCGACAGCUCCACCCCGAUGGACGAUGCUGGAUCCUCGUCGUCUCCUGCUCCACCUUCAAAUUCCCGGCAUGUGGCGCCACCAGGCACCAUCGCCUACGCGCAGAGAUCCUCCAAACAACUGGACCGGCUGCCAUUCAUCAACUAUUCCCUCCUCAAUGACAACUCGUUACGGAGAAAGCUGCGAGACCUGGGCAUUCCCGACUACGGUUCCAAGGACCUGAUGCGCCGGCGCCACACCGAGUGGGUGAACCUGUGGAACGCCAAUUGCGAUUCCACCCACCCUGUCACGAAAAGAGAAUUGCUCCGAGAGUUGAAGAUUUGGGAGGAUACACUGGGGAGGCAGCUGGAAAAGUCAUCCAACACGGGGUUUAUGGCCAAGGAUUUUGACAGAGAGCGCCAUGUGAAGACUCAGAAGAGUAAUUUUGAUGAAUUGAUACGGCAGGCCAGGUCGAGAAAAUCAAAAGCGUCCGAGGAAGAAACGCCGUCUGCAGCAGGAAACCCAACCCCAGAGGCCGUGCCACAAGGUCCAGAAUUUCCUGGACCUAGGCCAGCAUCUGCGAAGGACCCAAAUGACGCUGAAGUAAUCUCAAGUCUCGGAGAGGCACUCGAGAUACGAGGGCACACGCCGGCCGAAUUCAAAGAGGCUGCAACCAACGGUCAAUCACAGGUGACCGCAAUAUCCCCAUCAUUCGUGAAUGUAUCAAAACCACAGCUCGAUCUCCAGGGUCCAGAGAAGCCACAUGGGAGGUACUUUGCAUGA